AUGGCCCUGGGCAGAGACUCGCUAGGCGGCCCGCCCGUCUGGCUGCAGGACUAUUUGAAGCUGCGCCGGCGUCAAGCUCAGAAUCAGGUCCCGCGCCACCCGACUGACCCCACCCAGACCCAGCUCCAGCUGACCAAGACUGGGGGCUCUGAGACCGGUGUCACUAAGCCAGGCGUGGAGGCAAACCUGGCACUGUUGGAGGCGGCGGCGCCGGCCGGCCUGAGGACCGUGCUUGAGGGUCCGGGUCAGAACCAGCCGGGUCUGCCAGGGCGUUUGGACCGUGGGCGAUACGGGCAAUGGAUGGCUCGGUACGUUGGAUGCUUCUUGGGGUUGGCUGUGGGUGAUGCGUUAGGUGCACCAAACGAGUUCCGAUCGCAGCCAGUUACGAUUACGGGUAUGAACGGCCGCGGUCGAAAUCAAACGCGGCGUGGGGAGUGGACGGACGACACGAGCAUGGCACUGUGUUUGGCCCACAGCUUACUCAAAACACAUGGACUUGACCCACGCGACGUUCUCGAACACUUCCUUGACUGGUUCCAACUCGGCCAUUUCACCACCGCCGGACGCGCCUGGGGCGUAGGACGCACCGUCCGCGCCGCCCUCCAACGCUUCGCUGUCACACUCAACCCCUACGACUGCGGACCUGACGCACCCUCCGCUGCAGGAAACGGCAGCAUCAUGCGCCUCGCUCCCGUAUCGCUCUUCUUCGCCCAACCACGCGGCUGGCUCUAUCGGGACCGUGACACCACCGACUCACUCACGACCGACUCACUCACGACCGACUCACUCACAACCGACUCACUCACAACCGACUCACACAGUGCGCUAGUCGCCGAGUUGGAUCGCGUGGUGGUGGCGGCGGCGGCAUCGAGCAAGACGACGCACCGGGCGCGGGAGGCGGUGGAUGGUGCGCGAUAUCUGGCCGCAUUGUUGUGGGGUUGUUUGAGGGGUUGUCCGAAGGAGCAGUUGCUCUCGAUCUUUCCCUCCGAGUUUUUUUGGAGUCGUCCUGGAAACAACUUGGCGCCGAGGAUUCUGGCGGUGGCUCGUGGAAGUUUUCGCGACAAGGCGGUCCACGAGCUGCAGACGAGUGGAUACGUCGUCCACACACUCGAAGCCGCCCUCUGGGCCUUCGCCCACUCCGACUCCUUCGCAGAAGGUGCCCUUCUCGCAGUCAAUCUUGGCGGCGACUCUGACACAAUCGGCGCAGUCUAUGGUCAAAUCGCCGGCGCCCAUUACGGCGAACCCAGCAUCCCCUACGAGUGGGUACACGCCCUUCAAUUCCAUACCGAAUUCUACCUCUACGCUCAAGACCUACUACACGCGGCACUCGAAGACGAAAAUCAGAGGAAAGAACCAACUGGAAGGGCGGAGCCAACAGGGAAGAUAGAGCCGAAAGAGAAGGCAGAUCCGGCCGGAGAGACGGGGCCUGCCGGAAGAGCGGAGCCGGCGGGGAAGAAACCACGAAAACCCAACCCGCAGCCCACGGCAGCCUAA